AUGUACAACUGGCCGUAUCCCAUCAGUCUGACGAUGAUCCACAUGGCGUUCUGCUCGUCGCUGGCCUUCGUGCUGGUGCGCGUGGUGCGCGUGGUGGAGCCGGUGGCCAUGAGCCUCGAGAUGUACGUCUCCUCCGUGCUGCCCAUCGGCGCGCUCUACGCCAUGAGCCUCUGGUUCUCCAACUCCGCCUACAUCUACCUCUCCGUCUCCUUCAUCCAGAUGCUGAAGGCGCUGAUGCCAGUGGCGGUGUACACGCUGGGAGUGGCGUUUCAGAAGGACGUGUUCCGCUGCUCCACCAUGAGCAACAUGCUGCUCGUCUCCGUCGGCGUCGGCAUAGCGGCGUACGGCGAGGCCAACUUCAACUUCACAGGCGUCCUCCUGCAGCUCGCUGCCGUUGCCUUUGAAGCCACUCGCCUCGUGCUCAUCCAGAUCCUGCUGGCAUCCAAGGGCAUCUCACUGAACCCCAUUACAAGCCUCUACUACGUGUCCCCCACGUGCCUCAUCUUCCUCACCGUGCCCUGGUUCUUCGUUGAGUACCCCUCCCUCGCCCCGCACCUCGCCGCCCCUCGCCCCGACCUGCUGGUGUUUGGGGGCAACUGUGUGUGCGCCUUCGCCCUCAACCUCGCUGUCUUCCUGCUCAUCGGCAAGACGUCAGCACUCACCAUGAACGUCGCAGGAGUGGUGAAAGACUGGCUACUUAUUGCCUUCUCCUGGUCUGUCAUCAAGGAUAGGGUAACCGCCAUCAACUUGUUCGGGUAUCUUCUGGCGUUUGGUGGAGUGUGCUGGUAUAACCACUCCAAAUUGCAAGAAAUGAAGUCCAAGGAUGCUGCAAGGAAGGCCGCACAAUUGGAUGAAGAGGAGGGGCUCAUUAAAGAUUCCCAAGGUAGCAUCGCCAUCAUUCUCAACGCAGGUCGACGUGCCAAGCUCUCCGCUGGUUUCAGUCCGACACAACCGUCUCGCGUCGUUGCGGGUGGGAGGCGCUUCCGUUCACUGUCACCCCUGCACGUCAAACUCGCCCGAGACCUGCCGUUCAUGUCGACUCUCCGAGUCGCUUCCACGGGAUUGCGGAUUCCACGCUCGAAUCUCGUCGAGCAUGCGCCAACUCAGACACUCUCGUGCUUAAGACCGCGGGCAGUGGCGUUGCUACCACGUCGGCCGAAAGCCUUCGUUUCCCGGCCGUCGUUCCCCGCGUCGUAUCGCAGCGGCUUACAGCGGGUAUGCGCGGAGUCGAGGGGGAGCAGCAGCCACGAAUGUGCGGAGGAGGGGAGAGUAGAGCCGCGGCGAGCGGAGGCGGAGGGAGGGGUCGCAGAGGAGACAGCGGAGACCACUGUCGCCGAGUCGCGCGGCGUUGAAUCAGCACCAGCACCAUCCGCCUUCCCAUCACUCCUCCCCGCGUCCACAGCGCUCCUCUCGGCCGCCUUCCUCGCCUUCUCACCGCUCACGGGCGGGUUCGACCUGUCAGGCCCAGGCUCAGUGGUAGAGGCAGUGGGCGUGCUGGCGCUGAUAGUGGCGGUGCACGAGGCAGGCCACUUCCUCGCCGCGCGCUCCCUGGGCGUGCACGUCACCAAGUUCUCCAUCGGCUUCGGCCCGGUGCUCGCCAAGUACCAGGGCAAGGGCAAGGAUGGCACCACAGACAAAGGCGUGGAGUAUGCACUGAGGGCGUUCCCGCUGGGCGGGUUUGUGGGCUUCCCGGAUGACGACCCGAGUGAGGAGGCGGUGUACCCGCCUGACGACCCGGAUCUGCUCAAGAACCGCCCCCUCGCUGACCGCGCGUUUGUCAUCAGCGCUGGGGUCAUUGCUAACAUCGUGUUCGCCUAUGCGCUGCUCUUCACCCAGGUGAACACAGUGGGUCUGAUCCAGCAGGUAUACCAACCAGGAGUGCUGGUCCCAGACGUGGUGUACGGGUCAGCGGGCGAGCGUGCAGGGCUGCUGCCAGGCGACCUUGUAGUGGCGGCGGACGGCAGGGCGCUGGAGCCGUCUAGCACCGCCGUGUCCGACCUCGUCAGCUACAUCCGCGCGUCACCCGGCCGCCCCAUCAGCCUCGACGUGCUCCGCUCCGUGCAAGCCCCGCCUCUCAGCAGCGGGGGCGUGGAAGGAGAGCUCACAGGGGUGAGUGCGGCAGGGGGAAGUGCAGCAGGAGCAGCAGCAAGCGCAGCGGCAGGGGAGGGAGAGAAGCGCGUGGUGAGCAUCAGGGUGGUGCCGGACGUGUCGUUCCGUGACGGUGGGGGGCGCAUUGGCGUGCAACUAGCACCCAACUCCUACCAGGAGCAGGAGCGUGCUGAUAACCUCCUGGCCGGCACAGUGGCUGCUGCCAAGGAGUUCGCGCGGCUCAUGGGGGCCGUGGUGGACGGACUUCAACAGAUCCUCUUCAACUUUGGCAACACGGCCGACCGCGUGUCGGGCCCGGUGGCUAUCGUCGCAGUGGGCGCGGAGGUAGCACGCACCAACCUCUCGGGCCUCUUCCAGUUCGCAGCGAUAGUGAACCUGAACCUCGCGGUGGUGAAUCUGCUGCCGCUGCCGGCGCUGGACGGGGGGUACCUGGCGCUGCUGGUGGUGGAGGCGGUGCGGGGGGGGAAGAAGAUCCCCGUGGAUGUGGAGCGAGGGAUCAUGUCGUCAGGCUUCCUGGCGCUGCUGGGUGCUGGUAUCUUCCUCAUUGUCAAAGACACCAUCAACCUUGGCUUCUUGUGA